AACAAAUAAGUGAUCUUAGUUCUGUCUGCAAAGCAUGAGCUCUCUGUGAAUGUGUUAGAAUAAUAAACUUUGUGUUUAAUUAUUAUUGAGGUAACACAAAAUAGUGAAAUAUUUGUUUUCUGUUACGUAAUGUGCUUUUGACAUUAAUGUGUUGUGUUGUUACUACGAAAUACUAUGGCAAAUUGUAUGGAUACCAUGCUUUUUUGAACCCAACAUGGUUACACUCCAUAUUGUUCGUUUGAACUUAAAUUAACACUAAUAUUGUAAGUUGUGCUUUUAACAUAACAGAAGUUAGGAUUAAUAUGGAUACACAUGUAUCUUCAACACCAAAUAACCCACAUUUAGGGGAUGACACAAUAUCUGAAGCUGGAGCUUCAUAUGCACAUGCUGUUUUGAAUUUCAAAACAACCACCACAAAUAAUAAUAAAGAGAAUAUCAAAGAACCAAUAACGGAAAAUCAGUCACAACCUGUGGUAGAAAAAUUUAAACAAUCUGAGCCUGAAGCAUCUUCAGCUAAUCUAGAUGAUGACGGAACCUUUACUCCAGUAGUAAAUCACAGUAGGAAAGAACGAAAAAAUGAAAAACUCAAAAAACAAAAAAGUUUAGUAAAUGGUAUAACAGACAAACAUGAUAGGCAUGACAAACAUGAGAAAAAAGACAUCCACCUACCAAAAGAUAAACAAAAAGAACCUCAUUUAAAAGAAAAACGAGAAGAGAAAGAUAAUUCCCUUGUUAAGGAAGCUGCUGACGAACAAGUAGAGUUCAAAAAGGUAUUUGUGGCAGCUCCUCUACCCAAAGUCAAUCCUUGGCAAGUAAAACCUCAAACUGUCACCAAAGACACUUCAAACGAAAAGCGUGUACUGCAGCCCAAAAAGCAGGAAGUCACUACUAGUGGGCACAAUGCUACGGCAGGUGUUGUUAAAGCUCCUAAGGAUAAACAUCGAUAUAACGAAAAGGCUAGUGAUUUUACAGAUAUUUGUGAUUGGCCCACCUUAGGGAACAACACUGUUGAGCCUCGUAGAUCAUUCAGCCCAGUAGCUCAAACUUCGAAUGCCCCAAAAGACCGACAGCUGCCGCCGCCGCCGCCGCAGCAGCAGCAACAACAGCAAGUUGAGGAAGCGGAGGACAAGCGUAAGCCUUCUAAGCAUAAAUGGGUACCCUUAGAAAUUGAUCUGACUAAAAGCAACAAGCAUGAACGGAGGAAACCUGAGAGGUCUGGUGAUGUCCAGUCCACUGUAAGCGAUGGAGAUAGAGACUGGCGAGCAGAAAGGGAGCUCAGUGCCCCAACUCAUAAUGGUCGACAUCAGAGGCCAGCUUCUGCUGCUCCGAGAGGCAGGGGUGGGCGAAGCCGGGGUGGAAGAAGGGGGCCAUUUAACAGAGCAGCUAACAGGAUACCUAGCGAUCCAGAUUAUGCCGAUUAUCCUGCUGAUUUCACACAGCUGGGGAAAUUUGAUGGCCAAAACUUUUUGGUACCAUAUAUGGGUACUUACUACUUUAACAGCAACAGUUACCUCAAUCUAGAUGGGCCUACUCUAAAGGAAUAUAUUCGUAACCAAAUAGAAUAUUACUUCAGCGAGGACAAUCUCAAUAGAGACUUUUUCCUAAGACGAAAAAUGGAUCCUGAGGGUUAUCUGCCUGUUACGCUUAUUGCGUCUUUUCAUCGUGUCCAGGCAUUAACCAACAAUGUCUCGUUAAUUGUGGAUGCAAUCAGCUCCUCUGAUAAACUCGAACUGAUGUCUGGUUUUAAGGUUCGACCAAAACACGAACCUAUGAAGUGGCCUAUUUUGGAUAAGAACGGGGAAAAGGAAGAAGAGCCUCUUUCGAAAUUAGUACCGCCUCCUCCCAUGCCAAAAACUCUCCGUGAAAAACAACAACACAUUGAAAAUCUCAAUCCCGAUGUUGCUGAAUUUGUCCCUCAUGAAUCAGAUAUUAAAAAAAUGAAUAACAAUAUUAUUAAUAAUAAUAUGAAUGAAAAUUCAACUAAUGAAAAAAUGGGUUCAAAUGGGAAUUUGGAAGGGCAAGAAUUCAAUAGAGACAAAAACAAAACUGAGCAAACCGAGGAAGAAGCGAAUUGGCGGCAAGUUAAGAGAAAAAAUAAAGAAAACAAAGGUAAAAGGGAAUUCAAAGUUAAGACUAAUGAGCGAGAGGAGUUAGACUUUCAUUUUGAUGAGGAACUGGAUUUGGAAGUGCCUACUGGUCGUCAGAACACAUUCUCCAAUGAAUGGGCUUCGGAAGAUGAUUCAGAUGAACUGAGCGACCGAGACGUCAAUAAACUUUUGAUCGUAACUCAAACUACUUCCUCUAGAGCCCCCAAGCAUGAGGGUUAUGAUCGGACUGGAGAUUGGACAACUCGUGUCAAAAUUACUCAAGAAUUAGAGCAAGCUAUUAAUGACGGACUGUAUUAUUAUGAAGAGGACUUAUGGACUGUGCAGGACUUCGAACGUAGCGCAGGUGGAAGUUAUAAGACUGUAACCGUGAUUAGUCAGGAAGACUUCAAAAAAAUGGCCCCUCCCGCCCCCAAGAAACAGAACCCCGAGGUACCUCCCCCGCCACCUCCUAUCCUGGAUUCUCAUCAUUCACCUUUGGAAAACAACAGGAGGGGCGGUCCUUUGACGCCGAGCCAUCGCAAUGUACCUCGAUUUUAUGCUGUGGUUAAAGACGGACAACCUGAUCCAUGCACGCCAAGAAAGCGUAAAACGAGACACUCCAACAACCCGCCAGUGGAGCAACACGUUGGAUGGAUCAUGGACGUUAAGGAACAUCGUAUACGCACAACAUCCACUGGUAGCAGCCUAGGCACUAGCCCCAAUGAUGCCCAUUUGGGCACGAGCUAUGGCAGUUACGGAAGUGUACCACAAACGCUUCCUUCUUUCCAGCACCCCUCGCAUGCUUUACUUAAAGAGAAUAACUUCACGCAGCAAGCAUACCAUAAGUUCAGGCAGAAGUGUUUGAAGGAGCGUAAGCGAUUUGGAAUUGGUCAGUCGAAUGAGAUGAACACACUAUUCCGUUUCUGGUCGUUCUUUUUGCGGGAGAACUUCAACCGUACGAUGUACAACGAGUUUAAGGCUUUGGCAUUGGAAGACGCUGAACAGGGUUAUCGUUACGGAUUGGAAUGCCUUUUCCGUUUCUACUCGUAUGGAUUGGAAGUAAAAUUCCGCCCCCAUUUAUACGAAGACUUUCAACAGGAGACAGUUAAAGACUAUGAAAAUGGACAGCUCUAUGGGUUAGAAAAAUUCUGGGCGUUUUUGAAAUACUACAAGCAUGGCACUCAUUUGAACGUCAACCCCGUUUUGAAGAAGUACCUUUCUAAGUUUAAAACAAUCGAAGACUUCCGUGUUGUUGAACCAAAAAUUGAUGAGAUACUUAAAACACAGAAUGGAAGAGGGAAUCAUUAUAGACAGAAUGCAAGACGUAACAGAAGUGUCUCUGAAAGUCAAAGCGCCGGUCCUAGUACAUCCCGUGAAGAUCAGAGGCGCUCCUCUGCUUCUCACCAACGAGGUGAACAUUCGCAAAAUUUUCCACAGCCGGGUACCAGCGCCCCAGCUGGUACAGGAUUUAAGUAUCCAAGAUCACGCACUCAUUCGUUCGGUUCAGGUCGUGUUCGCAACAACUCGUCUCGUACCCACACUGAUUCCUGGAGACAGAAGGACAAAAAGGAGGCAUCUUCUGCUGGUGAAGGUCGCAAGGGCAGCGCCGAUUGAAGGGAGGACUUUACUGCAUGUGUUCUGUUGUCAACUGUUGAAACUAAAUUUUGUACUGGAUUAAUUCUUAUAUUUGUAUAUCUUAAAUUGUUUGAUUUCCAUAAGGUAAAAAAGUAAUCUAGCUAAAGGAACAUUCUAAGAGAAUGCGGUGAUUUUUUUUUGUAUAGGAUCAUAAAAAAAUUGUAUAAAGGUGUAAGUAGUAAUUGCGAUUGUUAUAUUCGGUGCCAUUGCCUUAAAUAUUUUACAUAGUUUUCAUAUUUUUCUAGAUAACGUAUGAAUAGUAAACUACACAGCAAUAUUUCCUGAAAGUCAGUGACAAACCGUAUCGGUUUCUGUUGAUAAGUGUAUAUGUUCUUUUAUCAUAACUUACGUUAAUAAAUCAAUUUUAUUCUUGUGUUCAUUUUGAAACAAAAAAGCUUAUAAAUAAUUAUUGUAAAUAGGGGCUCACUAUCGUAAUACUCGCAUAACUCAUAAAUUGGCUGUCUCUGUCUUGCUUUGGCAUCAUUUUAGUCAAGUUAAGUGUGUUUAUUAUAAUUGUUAUUUUUUUAAGUAAUUCAUAACAUGAUUAUUCGAGUAGUGCUUAGUGGGCGGUACAUUUUCGUUUUCUAUGUAUCUAUAUUUUUUAUAUGUCCUUAUCAGCGUGAUGAAGGAUAUACACCAUACAUGAUUAUAUAUUUUAGGAUAACAGUUUUUGGGUACACGCUUGUCAUAUGCAAUUAUUUGAUAAUUGUUAUGUUAUUCGUACUUUAUAUUACAUAAUUUUGAUAAUUAAACUCAUUUUGAUUUGUUUGAAAGUAAAAUUAUAUAGGACAAGGCAAGGAGUUUAAUUUAUAAUAUUUCUGAGUUGAAUUCUUUUAAUAUAAGUGUGUGCUAGCGUAAUCUUAAUUUAUAAAAAAAAAAUUAAAAUUCGGUUUUUUGUCUAAUGACGAAGAAAUUCUGUGCAAUUGUAAUCGUUCAUAUUUACAUCGUUAGACAAAAAAUUCAGAAAAUAUGUGAUAUGGGUAAUAAGUUUUCUAUAGUUUUUGCUCAACUCCUUGCAUUUAAGAAUGUAUUGUAUAUUGUAAGUUAGUUUGUAAAGUGUGUUGUGGAAGUGUGGUCUGCGAUUUGUCUUCCAAUGACGCUAAAAAAAAAAAAAAAAUAAAAACGCUAAAACGUCA